AUGUCACCAUUUCAGUUGGUUUAUGGAAAAGCAUGUCAUUUGCCCGCGGAGUUAGAGCACAAAGCAUAUUGGGCCUUGAAGAAAUUGAACUUGGAUAUGACAGCUGCUGGUGAGAAAAGAAUGCUUCAAAUUAAUGAACUCGACGAGUUUAGGCUUCAGGCGUACGAAAACAAUAAACUCUACAAGGAAAAAGUGAAGAGAUGGCAUGAUAGGAAGUUGGUGCAAAAGGAUUUCUUCAUUGGCCAACAAGUGUUACUUUUUAAUUCUCGUCUAAGGCUAUUUCCGGGAAAGUUGAAAUCUAGAUGGUCGGGUCCUUUCACAAUAAAGACGGUGUUUCCACAUGGAGCAAUUGAAAUAUAUGAAACAACACCGGAGGAAUCAUUUAAAGUGAAUGGACAAAGAUUGAAGCCAUAUUUCGGAGGACCGGUGAAUCGCGAGUCGGUAAGCACCAUCCUCACUAGUAUUUAA